GCUCUAGCUUGUGAGCCUGUGGCAGCUGUCGGCAGGAAGGAACCAGUCUGGUCACACUCCCUGGGCUUCUGCUUCGGACUCCCGUGAGAGACACUCAACCGGCUUUGCCUUCGGACUUGCAGUGAAAGGCCUCCCUGUGGACAGUGUCCAUCCUCAGCACUUGGAUUUCUACAGCCCCCAGGGCCAGAUUCCUAAAGACUUCCAGGUCCCAGACCCCAGCAGACACUGAAAGAUGGCCUCCAUGGGGCUGCAGGUGAUGGGCAUCGCGCUGGCCGUGCUGGGCUGGCUGGGCGCCAUACUGAGCUGCGCGCUGCCCAUGUGGAGGGUGACGGCGUUCAUCGGCAGCAACAUCGUCACGUCGCAGACCAUCUGGGAGGGCCUGUGGAUGAACUGCGUGGUGCAGAGCACCGGCCAGAUGCAGUGCAAGGUGUACGACUCUAUGCUGGCACUGCCACAGGACCUGCAGGCCGCACGCGCCCUCAUUGUCGUCUGCAUCAUCGUGGCCGUGGUGGGAGUGCUGCUGUCUGUGGUGGGUGGCAAGUGCACCAACUGCGUGGAAGACGAGAGCACCAAAGCCAAGAUCAUGAUUGUGGCGGGCGUGGUGUUCCUCCUGGCGGGCCUGCUGGUGAUGGUGCCCGUGUCCUGGACGGCCAACACCAUCAUCCGUGAUUUCUACAAUCCUCUGGUGGCCUCGGGGCAGAAGCGAGAGAUAGGGGCCUCACUCUACAUCGGCUGGGCUGCUGCAGGUCUGCUGAUGCUCGGUGGGGCUCUUCUCUGCUGCAACUGCCCACCUCGUGCUGACAAACCCUACUCGGCCAAGUACUCUGCUGCCCGUUCCGCCCCUGCCAGCAACUACGUGUAAGGUGCCGCCGCUCAACUCUCCCUGUUGGCUUUGUUUCUCCCUGGACUGAGCUCUGUGCGAGUCUGUGAACCCAGGAGGGCCCUGCCAUGGUCUGCAGGCUGCUGGGGGAUGGGCAAGCAGGGACUGAGACCGGCCAUUGGCCAACAGCCCUCAGCCCCUUCUGACCCCCUUGGAUACUUUCCUAAGGCCUCCUCUACAAUAGCAAGGAUGGACUGAAAGGUUUCUGAGCCACCCUCCUCUGAAUGGCCUGUGGAAGCAGGGAGGGGCAGGCAGCAACAGGGCAUGGCAAUGGAGUGGGGAGCUGGCUCUUGGUGGCCGGGACAGCUCAGCCCUGACUGCUUGGACUCUAAGCGUGUGCCCUGCCCAUGCUUGUGUUGGUCACCGUUCCCUUCUUUGAUCUUCCCCACUCCCUCCGAAGGCAUCCAGUGGAAACCUGUGACCAUGAAAAUGGCUGGGGCCUCACUCGUCCACCUGCCUGUGGAGCAGAGUUGACUGACGGGUUCAGAAGGGAGGGGUGAAGGUGCUGCGGACUGGUUUGGGUAGUGGUGGGGGAGGGGGCCUCAGAGGAGGCCCCGGCUGCUGGUACUCCGUCCUACCCACCUGCAGCCUCAGCGGGAGGAACCUGGGCCCCUUGAAAUCAGUCCCUUCUGGAUCUGCCAUCCUUGUGAAGGUCAUCGGCUAGCGUGGGGACGGCAGGGGGAAUGAUCUUUCUCUGGCCUGCAUCCUAGUUAAGUUCUGGAGCUUUUUCCUGAUUCUGUGGUUUGUUUUGUAAUUUAAGACCUAUUUGUCACGGAAAUGACUAUUAUUUUCUACAAUAAAUGAGACCUGUGCACAGGAA